AUGGCCUCAUAUGCAUCUCCAACAUCAAAUAAUUCUUUAAAACAUGUUGAAUGGAUGUGGAAAGCGAAUCCCGAUCCAUUUUCAUCAUCCGAGAGAGCCAUAUGGAAUCAUUAUUCAGAUUUAGAAAAUUUGAUCAUCGAAGAGGCAUUUCAAGACAAACAACCGCGAGCUCUAUUGGAUGAUUAUUAUAUUGAUUUUAAGAGUAAUCUGCAAAUAUCGCACAUUGAUGACUACAAGCAAAGACCGAUAAAACGGGUAGAGCGUGAGAGACAAGAUAAACAUUUACGAGAAGCGCGUUUUAUGGACCUUCCUGUUAGUGUGGGACGUUCGUUUGGUGGUCAAUAUGGUUGGGUAUCCCCAUUUGUCAUCGAAGUCAGAAGAGACCUGAAACUUGAACCAAAUGAUUUACCUUCAAAAAAGCCAAACAUGAUUCCAAUGCUUACUGAAAAAGCUGCUCGUGGUAUAAUUGAAGAAGGAAAACACAUUAGAAAACAACGAGAAGCCGAAAAAUUAGCUAAAAUGCUCAGAGAAAAAAAGAACGCGGGAAUGGAGGAAGUAUGGAAGCGUUGUGCUUAUCUUUACACGUUAGAAAGUUUUCUGUACCAAACAUUGAAUGCAGCGAUGAGAUUAGUAGGAGACAAAGAACAUGAACAAGUAUGGCGAAGUAAAGUCCGUACAUUAGGUCCAUUUUGUUUAUUACUCUGGGAUGAUCCAUUUAAUCAAAAAUUGACCAUAGAAAAGACACUUUAUCGAGGAGCCAAACUGACGAAGGAACAGAUUGCUGGUUAUGAAGAUAUGGCUAAAAACAAAGAGGCAUGUGGAUCAUUUCAAGCCUAUACGUCUUGUAGUCGAAGUAUUGAUGUAG